AUAGAAUUCUACUUUCGAUUUUGAUAAGCUGAACAAUCGAAGUAUUUGGGAAAUAGUAUAUAAGUGAUAUGCGCAUACAUUACGUGAGAAUAACAACAAACGGUGCAUCUGUUUUUAUUGAGUAUAACUAUAAAUGCAAUACAGGAAAUGUAUAAAAUAAUGCAUGUAUUUAUAUAAAAAAUAAAGUGUUAAGAUAUUUUACAUUAAUGAUUAAGCAACAGUUUAACACUUUUAAUAGUCAAAUACAAUUGGCAUUUUCUACAGCAGGGAUUAACCGAUGUUAAUAAUGACAGAAAAUGCGGAAGAAGCUCGAUCUCGCCACCUGUCUACUGUCCUCGAAGAUAUUGGUGUCUCAAAGGGUGUCAUAUUGUUGAGAAGAAACACACAUAUUACAGUAGAGUUAUUAUUGACGGCUCAAGUACGCCUAGAUGGUAAUGAUAACGAUUUGUUCAUUUUCGGUAGUCAGAGCGAAGGGACGACAACCAUUGGAAUGCGUUCGGAUACGGAUGUUAUGUUCCACAAGAAAAUGUUUCGCGGAGUUCAAGACGAAUCUGAUUCCGCUGAUGAAAAAGAGUACAUUCCUUUUCGAGUUCUGAGAAAUGAAAAAUCAUCACCCCAAUGUUGCAGGCUAAACUUGUUAAGUCCGGCUGCUCCGGGUGACUGGGGUAAUAAUAAAAUGUUAGGAGGUGAUACGUCCGAUUUUGUUUCCAUACACGACGGCCAAACGUUCCUGAAAACAACGUUUCAAUUACGUGAACUUCGACUAGGUGACGAAACAAGAACAAGGCACGGACCGGCUAUUACUAUUGAUGACAACACAGAUUACGUGAAGGCUUUUGGGACAAAGCUAAUGAAAGAAUGUAAGUUUGUGUUUGAUCGUUUUAGACCAGGUAACUGGCCAAAAGCAUCUACAAUGGAGUUAGCAAAACAAUGCUUGGCAUUUUUUGUUCCGCAAGGGCCAGCCGACCGGGAGAACAGAAUGAUAUUUGACGUGAAGUCCAAAGUAGUGAAAUUUGACGUGCGUGUUGGCAUUGAUGACAUAGUGUAUUCAGGCGAAGAAUUUAGAUUCUCUACUCCAACAAUCGAAAGACUUUUGAUGUUUGACCUGAACAUUGUUCAACUAAAGGUUUAUGUGACAAUGAAAAUGAUGAGAAAAGAGUUAUUUAAGAAAGUAGUUGGAGACCGAUUGAGCACCUUUCACUUUAAAACUGCGCUUUUGUGGACCGUUGAGACUUAUCCAACAGAACUUUGGCGAGAGAACAAUCUUGUAAAAUGCAUUAUUUAUUGCCUGAUUACAUUGAAGCGUUGGCUGGAGCGUCGCUACUGUCCUCAUUAUACAAUUAGGGAUGUCAACUUGUUUUCUGGAAAGCUCAAGUACGCUGAAUUUCCCAAAUUAAUUGUUAUGCUGACGGAACUAAUAGAUACCCGACUUGAAUGUCUGAACGAUCUUGCAAUGGACAAUUUAGGGCUUCGACUGAAGGAGCGAAUGGGAAAUUCUGGAACGUCAUUGGCAAAAAUACCAACACGAUCUGAGAAUCACACAUGGAUUGUAGAAUAUCUAUUGGGGAAUUACAUGUAUAAAUUACUUUCAAUUCCGUUAAAUGUUUGCAACCUCUUGAAGUUUAAUUUGUCGUCACAUGAAAUCAUAAAUCGCUCUACUGCGGUUUGGGAGGAAAUUCGCCGUCAUCUUUCAUGGAGCCUUUCGAAAGAAACAGACCUUGUAACACAUAUGGCAAAUGUGUUUGCUGCAUCAGUGAUGGCAUCAUCAUGUUUGGAGAAUGGUUUACCAAUCUCAUCCGAAAUCACCGAACAAUUCGAAAACUCGUUGAAGGUCGAUCUACUGUCGGCUAGAUUGAAAUAUGCAUCUCUGUUGUUGAAUAUCGGACAGGUUGAUCGCGCUGCAAACAUUUUGUUCGACAUAGAAGCAAGUCUACCUUCUGAAGUUUAUGAGUUCAGUAUGCAUUUACCAGCCUUUCGUACUCCUGGUCCAGAAUUAGUUAAAACUAUUACUGAGGAAUCAAUCUCUGCAGCUGUGCAAGCGCAUGUCGCCUCUUGUGUAAUCUAUACUCCUCUAGAAGUCAACUGCGGACCUACACAUUUAGCCUACGAAAUGUACAGAACAAUUACCGAAGAUGACAAACGAGACAGACUCAACAAAGAACGUUGGAUGGACUGUGCAGUGACCGAUUCUAUACCGUACCUUUAUUAUUUGCAGUAUCUUGUUUACAAGCAGUUGGGUUCAAUUGAUAAGGCGAAAACUGCCAUUUCUAAGCUGAGGAAUAAGAUUUCCGACGAUGGCGAGAAUAUGUGUUGCAAGGAAAACCCAGUGAUGAAUAGGCAUCUGGAAACAUCAUUGAAUCUUCUUGGGAACUGUUAUGAACUUGAAGGCAACCUCGAACGCGCCUGGGAUUGUUAUUCAAGGUCAGUAGCGUUGUGCCCUAUGAAUAACGCUGCACGCUGGCACAUGUUGGUUAUGCUGAUGAACUUUUAUCAUUUUUUAUCAAAAUAAAAUGUAAUACAUAGAAAAACAUUUUUUUUAAACAUCCUUCAAGUUCUCCCGCACGCGGUCUCGAAAAGUGUACAUAUUUGUAUCUGAUUAAUGUGUAGACGAUCUAACAGUAUAGACGGCUGAUAGAGUGCGCAUUGGUUCACAAAAUUAAACGUUUUCAUUUUUGGUAAGCGUACGUCAAAAGUAGUCUAGAUCUGUUAAGAUUUAUUUAAAAUACUGCUUUCAAUUGCAAGAAAUAUUAAUAUUUUGCAUUCGUAUUGAAUACAUUUAGUAUCGACUUUUAUACACGUGUUAUCUUUUAUCCUGACUUUAUGAUUCUGGAUUCUGAUUUUUUGUCGACAAGAAGGUACUUAGAUCAUUUAUAUCCAGUUUAUUGAUCCAUAAAGUUCAUAUAAAAUGUUACUCUGUUGAUUAUUCAACCAUCAAUAAAUUAAAUUGUAGUUCAACUGAAUUGCCAUUAUCUUGAGUUAUUUUUGCAUGUAUUGACAUCUGUAUAAGCAAUAGCUAAUCGCCUUUUAUAGAGAACAAUCGGACGGGAUUUCUAUUGUUUAUGUUUUUCUGGGGUUUCAAUUUUUC